UUGAUUGUGAAUGCGAACGAACAACAUCAUCCAAAAUGGCAAAAAAAAUAUUGUGGUCGAAUGAAAAAGAGUCGGCUCUCAUUGACCUUGUUCAGGAGAAGCCGGCUCUUUGGAAUCCACUGGAUACUCAUUAUGCGAAAAAAACAUUUAAAAAAACAUUGUAUGAAUCGAUAAGAAUAGAAAUGCUAAGGAGAUGGCCCGAAAAUGAGGACCACUUAACAUCAGAAAUACUUCGCAAGAAAUUUUGUAUGCUAAGGUCAUAUUUCCAAAGAGAGGAUAAAAGAGCAAGAUUGCCUUCAGGAUCAGCAGCUCUGGAUAUUGCACCAAAAUGGGUGCAUUAUCACAGACUGCUGUUCCUGAGGGACACAAUAUAUGUAGGCUCUUCCGAGUCCAAUUUGGAUGAUUCGUUUGCAACUGAUGGGUGCUCGGAACCAAUGAUUUCUGUGGAGGAAGCAGAUCACUUUGAAGCAUACGAAGAAAAUUGCCCAGAGUCUUCGGCAGCAACUCCGCAGAAGAGAGUUGCCGAAUCAAGCAAUAACAGUGUAGGUCCUCCUCCGAAAAGACGCCGUCAAACAAAUGUCGGAGAAGACGUUCUACGAAUGGUGUCAGAACUAUUAAAAAAAAAAAGUGAAGCUUCGGAAUCUGUUCCCCAUGCGGUGGGACAACUUGUUGUUUCCACUUUAAAAAAACUGACACCACCGUAUGGGGAACAGUUCACCCGAAGGAUUUUUGAACUAGUGAUGGAGUUUGGGGAAAUCCAGCCAGAUUUAUUUUCAUGA